AUGGACGUGGAGCCCCGCGCCAAGGGCGUCCUGCUGGAGCCCUUCAUCCACCAGGUCGGGGGGCACUCCUGUGUGCUCCGCUUCAACGAGACGACGCUGUGCAAGCCCCUGGUCCCGCGGGAGCACCAGUUCUACGAGACUCUCCCCGCCGAGAUGCGCAGGUUCACGCCCCAGUACAAAGGUGUGGUGUCUGUGUGCUUUGAUGAAGAUGAAGACAGGAACUUGUGCUUAAUAGCAUAUCCAUUAAAAGGGGACCAUGGAACUGUGGACAGUGUAGACAAUUCAGACUGUGAACCAAAAAGCAAGCUGCUAAGGCGGACAACCAAAAAACAUCCUGUCCUGGAGACAGAGAAGAGCCCCAAGGACUGGGUGCGGCAGCACUGGAAGGAGGAGAAGACGAAGAGCCAUAAGCUAGAAGAAGAGUUUGAGUGGCUGAAGAAAUCGGAAGUCUUGUACUACAGUGUAGAGAAGAAGGGGAACGUAAGUUCCCAGCUUAAAUACUACAACCCUUGGAGCAUGAAGUGUCACCAGCAACAGUUACAGAGAAUGAAGGAGAACGCCAAGCAUCGGAACCAGUACAAAUUCAUCUUACUGGAGAACCUCACUUCCCGCUAUGAGGUGCCAUGUGUCCUGGACCUCAAGAUGGGGACACGCCAGCAUGGUGACGAUGCUUCAGAGGAGAAGGCAGCCAACCAGAUCCGGAAAUGCCAGCAGAGCACCUCUGCGGUCAUUGGCGUGCGCCUGUGCGGCAUGCAGGUGUACCAGGCGGGCAGUGGGCAGCUCAUGUUCAUGAACAAGUACCAUGGGCGGAAGCUGUCGGUGCAGGGCUUCAAGGAGGCGCUUUUCCAGUUCUUCCACAACGGGCGGUACCUGCGGCGCGAGCUGCUGGGCCCGGUGCUCAAGAAGCUGGCGGAGCUCAAGGCCGUGCUGGAGCGACAGGAGUCCUACCGCUUCUACUCCAGCUCCCUGCUCAUCAUCUACGACGGCAAGGAGUGGCCCGAGGUGGCCCUGGACUCGGAUGCGGAGGACUUGGAGGACCUGUCCGAGGAGUCGGCCGACGAGUCCGCGGGGGCCUAUGCCUUCAAGCCCCUCGGCGCCAGCUCCGUGGACGUGCGCAUGAUUGACUUUGCACACACCACCUGCAGGCUGUACGGCGAGGACAGCGUCGUGCACGAGGGCCAGGACGCCGGCUACAUCUUCGGGCUCCAGAGCCUGAUAGACAUUGUCACAGAGAUCACCGAGGAGAGCGGGGAGUGA